AUGUUCGAUAACAUCUUCAAGAAGCGUCCACAGGACCUCUAUGCAGGCUCUGAGCUCCCUAGGGAGUCAAUGUCAACCAAUGAACACGAGAAAGGCCCCGGUGAUCUCGUUGACACGCCGAUUCCGCUUCUCACUUGGCGCUCGUUCAUUAUGGGCGUUUUUGUCUCUAUGGGCGGUUUCCUCUUCGGCUAUGACACUGGUCAGAUCUCUGGCUUCUUGGAAAUGCAUAACUUCCUUGAGCGCUAUGGUCAACUUCAAUCCGACGGGACUUUCCACUUUAGUAAUGUCCGUGCCGGACUCAUUGUUGCCUUGCUCUCUAUUGGUACUUUGAUUGGGGCUCUGAUCGCAGCACCCAUUGCCGACCGUUUAGGACGGAAGUGGUGUAUCAGUGGCUGGUCUCUGAUGGUGUGCAUUGGAAUCACUAUUCAGAUUUCUUCGCCUUUUGGUAGAUGGGUACAAGUUGCUAUGGGUCGUUGGGUCGCCGGGCUCGGGGUUGGGGCAAUCUCCCUGCUAGUACCGAUGUACCAAGCUGAAUCCGGACCAAGACACAUUCGAGGAUCGUUGAUCAGUACAUACCAGCUGUUUAUCACUCUUGGGAUCUUCGUUGCCAACUGUAUCAAUUUCGGAACUGAGGCUCGCCCUGACACUGGCUCAUGGCGUAUUCCUAUGGGCAUCACGUAUCUCUGGGCAGCCAUUCUCGGUGUGGGCAUGAUGUUCUUUGAGGAAAGCCCGCGAUAUGAUUACCGCCAUGGAAAGGAGGAGAAAGCCAAGAAGACGCUUUCGAAAAUCUAUGGUAUCCCUCUCAAUCACCGAGCUCUGCACAUCGAGUUUGAUGAAAUCAAGCAAAAGCACGAGGAAGAGAAGCUCGGCGGGCAGACUUCCUGGAUUCAGAUGUUCCGGGCUCCUACAAUGGCAUAUCGGGUCGCUGUCGGCGUCGCCCUGCAAGCUCUUCAGCAGCUGACGGGUGCCAACUACUUCUUCUAUUAUGGAACGACGGUUUUCAAAGGCGCUGGCAUUCAUAACAGCUACGUGACGCAGCUCAUUUUAGGCGCCGUCAACUUUGGAACAACCUUCCUCGGCCUCUACCUUAUUGAGCACUACGGCCGACGCCGUUCCCUUAUAAUCGGAGCCCUGUGGAUGUUCGUCUGCUUUAUGAUCUUCGCGUCGGUGGGCCAUUUCUCUCUGGAUCAAGAAGACCCAGAGCGGACAAAGUCGGCUGGGGUGGCAAUGGUAGUCUUCGCCUGUCUGUUCAUUCUCGGCUUCGCCAGCACCUGGGGUCCAAUGGUAUGGACGAUCAUUGCCGAAUUGUAUCCUUCGCACUACCGCGCCCGAGCAAUGUCUUUGGCCACCGCCUCCAACUGGCUCUGGAACUUCCUUCUCGCUUUCUUCACUCCCUUCAUCACCGGCGCUAUUGACUUCCGUUUUGGUUAUGUCUUUGCCGGAUGUCUUUUCCUGGCUGCGGGUCUGGUUUACUUUGCCGUCAUCGAAGGACAGGGUCGUACACUGGAGGAAAUCGAUACUAUGUACUUGCUGAAAGUGAAGCCGUGGAAGAGCUCGAAGUUUCAGUUCCCUGCUGAUCCGCAGGUCAUUCGGGACGAGCUCAAUAAAGAUGCUAAUGCUCCUGGAUCGUCUCAUGUUGCUGAUGUGACUACUGAGCUACGUGAAGAUUGA